UUUUCCUGCUUUUUUGGAGGGUUUCUAUGAUUUUUCGACUUUAGAUUAAGUUUUAGACGAAGAACUUUAAAGUUUCUUUUCUUUGUCAAAGGUAUUAUUUCCACCGUACUCUUGUGUCUUUGGGGUUUUUUAGAAUUGAAAAACCAAAAAAAAAUUUUUUUAAGGGAGCAGGCCAGUGUACCGCGAGCCCAAUGUACCGCCGAGCUAUAACUUUGUUCAAAGUUGACUAAUCCGUGGCGCCCUGGCAUGGUUCGAUUCAGCUGGUCGAUCCGCAUCGAACCAUACCAGGGCGCCAUGGAUUCGACAAUUCUGAACGAAAUUAUAGCCUCGGCGUACAUUGGGCUCGCGGUACAUCGGCGUAGCGACACAGUUGUCGUCGUAGGAGGAGGUAAUAACAGUCCUUCAGCUACCUACUACAACAACAAUAUCAAUACAAAUGUUACAAAUACACUAAACACAAAUAAACAAAAAAUUAAUGUAAAAUUUCCUUCAAGCACAAAUGUGGCUACAAAAAGUGGGGGAAACCAACGGGGAGGGCAACAAUCUAGAACAGCAACAUUCCAACAAGCUGGGGCUGUAGCAGAUUUGUUAUCAGCACAAUUGAAGGCGGAUUUGAGGAAAUUGAAGAAUGUCCUAAAAUUACCAAAAGCUCGUCGUUUCGUUUUUUGCGAGUAUUUCUACUCUGGUGUUGAUCAACAAAUAUUUUUGUCAGAAAAUGAAUUUGCUCAAUUAAUGAAAGAGUCCUUUCCAAAUUUAAAAUGCACAAAAAUGAGAAAACCGGAAUGGAGAGAAGUUAGAAGACUUGUUGGAAGGCCUAGACGUUGUUCUCAAGCAUUUUUGAAUGAAGAAAGGGAAGCGUUGGAAGAAAAACGUCAAAAAAUACGUCAAAUCUAUGAAGGGACUUGUUCUUCAAUAGAUGAUGAUUCAAUUGAUUUGCCUUCAUAUUUACCUCGUCCACCAGUUUUGGGACAAAGAAUUUAUGCUUGUGUCCAUAAUCCAAAAGAUGGGAUUUAUGCUGGUUCGAUUGAUGCUGUCUCUGCUGGGGAAGGAUCUUACAGAGUUAUUUUUGAAGAUUCAGCAAUUCCUCCGAGUGUUAUUAAAGAUUAUGAAUUAAUGUUUGACCAACCAGCCGAUCUUUUAUCAAUUCAAUACUUUUUGGAACAAAAUCAUGCCAACAGAAGUCGUUCAAGUGUAAUAAUAAAUCCAUUAUCAACAACAAAAUCCCCACAAAAACAGCAACAACAACAAUCUUCCUCCUCUCAACAACAACAACCAAUUUCUUUAGAAAAACAACAACCAAUAAAUUAUAAUCAAAAUAAUUUAACAAAAGUAGCAGAAUAUCAACAACUUUCAAAACCUACAAUUACUGAAAAUCAACAAAUUUUGCAUUCUUUGGCUAAAAAUGAAAGUGAAACUAGAGAUAAACCGGCAGUCAAAGCUGUUAUAGGUUUUUAUUUUUUGGGGGGAUUUACUUGGCUGGUUGAUGAUAGUUGA